GUAAAUCGUGCUACGGGACUGUUGAACACGUCUUGUAAAAUGUGGUUAUAACAAGUCUUAUUGCUCGCGUACGCAUAGGAACAAUUAGUUAAAUAGGUUCCUAAUCUAUUAAUCAAUUUAGAAAUCAUUAAAAUUCAGUGCACUUAAAAACCAAUAUUCAACAAAUAAUUUGGAAAAUAACCAUAAAAUAUUUACAUUAUUUAGUUAUUAUUUCAAAUUACAUAGUUCAAUAUGUUUAAAAAAACUAAAAAGUGUGAAAAUGAACAGUGCGAUGUGUCAAAUAUUCUGGAAAAGUUCGGCAAAUAUCAAAUCCUGCAGUAUUUCUACGCUUGCCUCCCGGCGAUGUUCGUUUCUAUGAUCAACGUGAAUUAUGUUUUUGUUGCGGGAGAGGUAAAUCAUAGAUGUCGAAUACCAGAAUGUGAGUCGUCAAGCCCUGAAAUGGCGGUGUCCUGGUGGCCAGCAGCACACGUCGACCACUGCUCCAAGCCAGUGGUGAACAGCACCAUCCUAGAAAACAAUCUCUGCACCAACCUAAGCUUUACUGGCGCAGUCGAAGAAUGCAAGGAUUGGAUCUAUGAGAAUAACAACACCGUUUUUUCCAUGCUAAACUUAGCAUGUCAUCCGUGGAAACAGAGCCUAAUUGGAGCUAUUCACAACAUUGGAAUGGCUUUAGCAAUGCUGUUAGCUGGAUGGACGGCAGACAGAUUCGGUCGCAAGCCUGUUUUAGUUAUGUGCUCUAUUGGCUGUUUGACGAGCAACCUGAAGACCCUGGCUACGUCAUAUCCAGUGUAUAUUGCACUUGAGUUUCUAGAAGCUGCUAUAUGCGGCGGAGUUUACACUGCUCUUCCAGUUAUAAUGAUCGAAAUCGGAAAUAAGAAAAGUAGAGUAUUAGCCGGAGUCCUUUUCUCGUAUGCCAUCUAUAUGGGUGAAGCUGCUUUCGCAGUGGUCGCUUUUCUGGUGCCAUAUUGGAAAACUCUAAUCCACAUUAUGUGCAGUCCAACCCUUCUAUUCGUCACCUAUAUAUUACUAGUCAGUGAAAGCCCACGAUGGCAAAUAUUAAAUGGCAAAGCUGACCCAGUGAAGAAAACUCUAAAACUUAUAGUGAAAACAAAUAAACUGAACGUUAAAACAGAAGAUAUAGAUAAUUUGGAUGAAGAGAAACUUAAAAGUACGUAUAGUAUGGAAAGUAAUGCAACGAAAGAGGGGUUUAGAGAAGUAUUCAGGUGUAGAGAGGUUCUGAAAAGGUUUCUAGUAGCGACCGCUUGUCGGUUCACCGUCACUUUUAUCUACUACGGUCUGAUCAUCAACUCCGUUUGGUUGCCGGGGAAUAAAUACACGAACUUCCUGCUGGCCGCUAUCAUGUCCUUCCCUGGUGAUCUGAUUGCGAUGUACCUGAUGAAUAAGGUUGGGAGGAAGAUGCCACUGAUAUAUGGAUAUUUGAUUAGUGGAAUAGCCUGCAUAGCUUGUGGACUUGUGCCUGGAUCUUUCAAGUGGCUUAAGAUAUCCCUGUUCCUACUCGGGAAGCUAGUGACGUCAGCAUGCUUUACUGGCAUCAUCACGUACACCAUGGAGCUGUUCCCCACCAGCGUGAGGGGAUCACUGCUUGGACUGUGCACUCUGGCAUCCUCUGUGGGGAACAUGGCGGCUCCUUUGACACCAGUGCUGGCAACAAUAUCGCCAGUCUUGGUGUCUGUCUGCUUUGGCUGUACAGCUAUUAUAGCUAGUUGCCUCCUCAUCCUCACUCCAGAAACCAUGGACAUUCCACUCAUGGAUACGAUAGACCAAGUGGCUAGAAGUGUGGCAAUUGGUAAUGAGAAAACUGUUAAAGGAAACAAAAAACCCAGUGGAAAUAUGGAAAGCUGCGAGGAUCGUAGAAAAGAAGUGUUUUAAUUUUAAAUAUAAGUAAAUAGCUUACCCUAGUUAGUAUACCUAAUAGUGCAUAUUAAGUAACUUUACGUUAUUUAAGAUAAAGUUAUGAAAACUUGUUUAAAUUGUAUUUUUUCGAAUAUUGUUUAGGAUACUUAGGUAGAUUUUAGAAGAAUAAGAACAGAUUUUUUAUACUUAGUAGUUAGUACUUACUUACUAAUAAAGAGCGGUCGAGCUGACAAAAAGAGCUA